UUGUGAGACAGGCCGAGGCGCGAGCGGGGCCUCACUCAACUAGGAACACGGUCUGGCGCGAGUUCACGGGCGGGGACAGACACGGAAUCACGGGACGACUUGGGACCGGGUUCUCGCAGUGACUGCCGAACACACGAGGACGCAGAGGCGGCUCUAGACGGCGCAGGAGCCACGAGACAGGAGCCGUGCAUGUGGAGAGCGGUUUUGCUGGCAGCCGACGAGCUAAGUAGCUAACCAGCGUUUAGCCCGAACUGGGUUAGCGGGCUAGCCAGCUUUUGUAAUCCGCCGGCGAGACACACUUUUUACUCCACCGCGAACCAGGCCGACACCGGGUUUCCAGCGGAGCCGCGCCGGAACCGAACAGGACAAAGGAGGCACCGCCACUGGCAGGUGGGUGUGAGCGCCGCGAGAGGAGGCUGGUUCUGGGGGCGAGGCCAAAGGACCAGACUCAAUGAGGAUCCAGCGAAAUGUCCGAGAAGUCAGGGCAGAGCACAAAGGCAAAGGAUGGCAAAACAAAGUAUGCAACCCUUAACCUCUUCAAUACCUACAAGGGCAAAUCUCUGGAAACCCAGAAAACUGCAGUGGCUGCCAGACAUGGGCUCCAGAGUUUGGGCAAGGUGGCUUCCAGUCGGCGCAUGCCCCCUCCAGCCAACCUGCCCAGCCUGAAGGCAGAGAACAAGGGAAACGACCCCAACGUCAAUAUUGUCCCCAAAGACGGUAGUGGCUGGGCGUCCCGCAACGAGGCAGAGGGGGAGAGGCAACAGGAUACGCCCCCACCGCAGAUCAAACCAGUUGUGGUCCCGCCACCGGAGCUGCCUGUUGUGGGCAGCCGGUCCUGGGCCAACAGCAAGCAGACACAGCUUGACGGAGCUCCUCGUGUGAGCAGCCAGUUUCAACACGAGUUUCCCAGCUUGCAAGCAGCUGGUGAGGCGGAGAAAGGGGACAGUCAAGAGGAGGAGCCUUAUGGACCUGGCCCCAGCCUCAGACCUCAAAAUGUUGGCAGUUGGAGGGAGGGCGGAGGCAGGAAUUUGACCACUGCUCCCAGCCCUCCUGAGAUGGAUAACAGGGUUCCGGAGGAGGGAAGUACAAGCCUUGAUACCACCACACCACCUGUAGAAGCUGACGACCCCGGCCGAGAUGUGACCGCCGACAUUCAGAGGGAGAGGCUUCCCCCAACUGGGCCUCCUCAGCCUAAACUUAAUGGGGGGCAGCAACCUCCUGCUGGGGUGCCAACUCAAUUCGAUCCUGCUUUCAGGAGCAUGAUGCCACCCUAUAUGUUCCACGCUUAUCCUCAAUUGUCUGCAAGCACCGGGCAAGCAAACGUCAGAUACCCUGUACCACAAGAUGGAGCAAAGUCUCUCAGAGGUGCCCGUUCAGCACGACCCCAGCAGGCCCCGCCUCAGGCCUGGCGCCUGGACCCAGACAGGCCUGCAAUCAUCAGUGCAUCAGAACUGAAGGAGCUGGACAUCUUGGACGCUGACACAGACGAGGGCUGGGCAGGAGCUCAGAUGGAGGUGGACUACACAGAGAAACUAAACUUCAGUGAUGAUGAGGAAAACCAAGCUGCUAAAGAAAAAGGAGAGAACUGGGGUUUGAUGGGGAAAGUUGAACGUAUAAGACCUCGGCCAAAAGAAGGUCAUGAGGGGUCUGAAGACCGUGGGGGCAACAAGACUUCACGGGCAGACAACGUAGAUCCAAGAGCGCCAUCACCUGGCAGUAUAGGGCAGUACAGUAAAUCAACUGCUUCACAAGACUACCAGGGUGGGAGUCGUUCUGUUAGUGGAGCAGCUCCACGGGGGAACAAGCCACAGACUGCAUCAGCACCUGGUGCCGAUGAGGACCCUGAGGCCUGGAGACAGAAGCGCAAGAAGCCUUCAGAAGUUUCUGAAGCUGUAGAACGAGCAAGGCGUAGGAGAGAUGAAGAGGAGCGGCGGAUGGAUGAACAGAGGCUUGCGGCCUGUGCAGAAAAACUUAAACGUCUCAAUGAAAAACACCGCCAGGCAACUGAGGGCAAAUCCUCCCCGACUCAGUCCACCACCGAUGAGGCAGAAGCUGCCCCUGAGAUUGCCCCCUUAUCAGCUCCCACUCCUGAACCCAGUCCUGUACCUUCAGUCCAAGUUUCACAAUCGGAAGAACCAAUGCAAGCUCCUCUCCCAGAGCAGGUGGAUCAAGACAUGGAGAGGAUAGAGCCAGAAUGGGAGAAAGUUGAACCAAGUGCCGAGGAGGAGGUUCAAUUGCCUCCUCAGCCCAGCCCUCCCGUCCAGAGACCUGUGGUCGUUGCUCCAGAACCUGAGAAUGAGGGAGAGAGCUCUUUGGCUGAGGUCGGCCCCCUUAUGGAGGAAGACCAGGCUGAACGGACAACAGUGCCUAUCCAAGACUAUUUCAACAUAGAGGACAACAGAGUGGAUGAGCCCCACCUGUCUCUGCCUCACAUGGACACACCAAUUGGUGAGGAUGUCUCCGUGGCACCCCCACAGCUGGAAGGAGAAGCAGCUUCUGCUAUGCGUCCAUCUCUCACCUCAGGCUAUUCCAAACAGUUUCAAAAAUCUUUGCCACCCCGUUUCCUCAGACAGCAGGAGCAGAUGAAGCAGCAACAAUGGCAGCAACAGCAGAGUGGGGGCUCUGUGUCCCCAUCAGGUGCUGGCGCUGCUCCAACUACACAGCAGCAGCAACAACAACAGCGCUCCAUGUAUCAACCUAUGGGCCCCCACCACCAGCAUCUGGCCUCCAUGGGCUUUGACCCCCGCUGGCUAAUGAUGCAGUCCUACAUGGACCCUCGCAUGAUGUCAGGACGUCCUCCAAUGGACAUACCAACUAAUAUUCACCCUGGGCGAAUGCCUCCAAAGCAGAUUGUGCGCAGAGAGCCUGGUGACAACUCCAGCUCCAGCUCAGACUCCUUUGACCACUUGACCCGGCCAAUUCGUGACCAUGGCCUUGCCUCAGACUCACGGAUGGUAUGGGGAUCGGACCCAUACCCACAAUCAGAGCCUUUACCUUCUGUUACUCCUCCAAAAGGACGCAAUGAUACCAACGAGCAGAGAAUCGACUCUAGUCUGGAUCUGGAUAGAGUUCUCCCAGCUAUAUACCCCCAGGAACAUAGUGGAUUGGACUCUCGUAAGAGUAACUUCUUCCGGGACCCUACAGAGUCCUUGUCAACAUUUACCCAGGGCCCAGUGGACUUAUCUGGGCCUCUAGACCUCCCUGUAGUCUCAGCUUUUGAUUCUGAGGAACCAGGCCUACCGAGUGGGGAAGAAGUAGAGGCUCUUGGUCAAGCUAUGCUCCAAAGGAGCGUCUCCCAGGGCUCCAGUAACUCCCUCAAGCUUGAUGAGCCCAGGUUCGAUGGGCUACCCGUGGGAACAAAGUCCCUAGAGCCACAGGACACAGGGGAAAGGGCUGAAGAUAAGCCCCAAAAUGAACUCUACUCCCAGGCUACAGUGACAAACCACAGGGCUACACCUCCUGCUGAUGGAUUACACAAACAAGAGAAGCUGCCUCUGCCACUCCCCAGCAAGCAGAAGGCUGAGCUGCGCUGGGGAGGGAGAUCAGGGGCUGGACGCAGAGAAGGACCAGGUGGGGAGAGACCCCUCCGCAGGUCUGGGCCAAUAAAGAAACCUGUCCUAAGGGACAUGAAAGAAGAGAGGGAACAAAGAGAAGAGAGAGAGAAGCGUCACGAACGAGGGGAAAGAGGAGAAAGAGGCGAAAGAUCCAAAAAAGAUCAGUCAUCCAAGGCUCCUACUGCAGCUGCUGUUUUGUCUGAGGGAUGCAGACCUCAGAGUGAAGCAAAGAGAGAAUCUACAGAGCUUGAGGAAACAUCGACUGGCCUUCAGAGAGUUAGAGACUCUCAGCCUUCAUCGGGGCCUCCUACUUGUCUGCCUUCUUCUCAGGAAGAGAAGGCAGACAAACCACCCAGCAAUGACAAACAUCCAGAACCCAAAUUGCCUUCCAGAAAAGAGUCCAAUCUUCCUCCGCGUUCCUAUCGACGGGAGGACCGAGAGAGAGAACGUGACAGGGACAGAGUUAGGGACAGGGACAUGGUUAGGGACAUGGUUAGAGACAGGGACAUGGUUAGAGACAGGGACAUGGUUAGGGACAGGGACAUGGACAAGGACAUGGACAAGGACAGAGAUAGAGAGUGGCCUGCUGACUCAAAUUUCAAAGGACGUGGCAGAGGGGAGUAUUACGCUAGAGGACGCAGCUACCGAGGUACCUACAGUGGUCGCAACAGGGGGAGUCGCGGCAGGAGUCGAGCGGAGUACCCUUAUAGAGAGCCCCGAUCACGCUCUGAUUUACCUGCAGUGGGAGGUGCUGCUGCCUUUCGCAAUAGGGAAGAAAGUGAAACUCGCAGUGAAAGCUCAGACUUUGAGGUUAUUCCAAAACGCAGACGACGACGGGGUUCAGAUACAGAUUCUGAAAGUGAAGGUGGGAGAGAGUCUGCUAGUGAUACCGGACCCUCUGACCGCGAACCUAGCACCAAACCUAGCCGUCCACUAAGACGAGAACUCCCUGGCGAGGUCCGAUCUGGGCCCCACAAGCCAGGCUUUGGACCUCCUCACAUAGGAGAAAGGGCUGGAUUCAGAGCGGAUGAUGAAAAUAGGCCCAAGCCAGGAUUCCUUCCUAAAGGAGAACCUUCUCGGCGCGGGAGAGGUGGAUUAUACAAUAGACGAGGUGUAGCAAGGGAACGUGGUGGCCCUCGCCCUGCCCCUCUUAGACGGCCAAUGUCCAGAGAGUCCUCUUCACAGUGGCCCUCUAAACCCAUGGAGACAUUUAGGCCUGAGGAAAUGGAAUCGGCUCAAAGAUAUGACAAUCCUCCCAAUGACCGGCGGCCACCUAAGUCUGAGGGCAAGAAAUUUGUGGACGGACCACAGAGUAGCAGAGAAAGGCCUCGUAGAUCCCGACCAGCACGCCCCCCCAGGCAAGAUAAACCCCCCCGCUUCAGACGCUUGAAGGAGCGGGAGGCGGCCGUGAUAGGUAGUGGAGAAACAGCCUCAAGUCCACCUGCCCAUUUACCCCAAGUGCCUGCUACUUCUGCUAGGUCUGCCCCAAUAUCCCUUUCCCCAACCCUGUCUAGAGCUCCAGGAACCCCUGUUACUGUGUCUGCAGAAGCAGCAGCAACUAUGCCUGCACCCGACCUGCCCUCUACUAUAGAAGCGUCCCUACCUGAGACCAGCAGCCCCACAAUCGCUGCAGUCGGUACCAAGUCCCCUGAUCUGUCCAACCAGAACUCUUCAGAUCAAGCCAAUGAGGAAUGGGAGACUGCUUCUGAAAGCAGCGACUUCAACGAAAGGAGAGAGCGAGAAGAGAGGAAAGGAGCACUGGAGGCAACUAAUGAAGCCGCCGCUGCCUCUGCUGCGGCACCCACACUUCCUCAGGGCUCUUUGACCCCCAAUAAAAGCCCACCUGAAGGAGGGGUGACUCCAAAACGUGAAGUUGCUCCUGCAGCCAAGAGGAGUUUCUCCAGUCAGAGGCCGGCGGAGAGACAGAAUCGUAGAGGCAACAGUGGAGCCAAACCAGUCCGGGGCUACACUGGGGGCAAAGGGGAGAGAAGGGGAGGGCCCAAAGCAGGGCGCAAAGGCCCUCUAGCCCACCAGAACUCGGAGGCAACAGCAUCAACUGCUGGAGGAGCAGCCCAAAGAACUUCGAAAGAGCAGUCUGCCCGUCGCAAAGAUGAGACCAAACAGAUCCCUAAGAAGCCCAAGGAGAAUGCUCUUUCUCAGUUUGAUCUCAACAAUUAUGCCAGUGUUGUGAUCAUUGACGACCAACCAGAGGUCACCACCACAGAGGACCCUCAGUCCAGCACCAAUGAUGACGGCUUCACAGAGGUGGUCUCCCGCAAGCAACAAAAACGCCUUCAGGAUGAGGAGAAACGGAAAAAGGAAGAGCAGACACCUCAGAACUGGGGUAAAAAGGGCUCUGGUGAGAAGAGCAGAGGGGGAGGAGGAAAGCUGCCACCAAGAUUUGCUAAAAAACAAUCAUCGCAACAACAGCAGCAGCAGCAUCAUCAUCAACAUCAACAGCAAGCCUCUCAGCCUGCUGCAGUGUCUAUUCCCCAGGCCCAACAGCAGCCUACCAUUGCUGCCCCCCAGCAUCCUCACCUGCCGCCUACCCAGCCUGCUGCAUCCCCUCAGACUCUGGAAGGAACGGUGGCUCCUCUGCCCACUAUCCCCCCUGCUGCUGUGGACUUCACCUCCAAAAACCUUCCCCCCGUUCCCGCCCAGACGCACAUUACUAUGGGUACAGAGCUGUGGGACAACAAGGUUGCGGGCUCCACUGUCCUUCCUGAUGUGAAGAAGCUUGGUCCAAUAAGCCCUCCUCAGCCGCCUUCUGUGAGCGCCUGGAACAAACCUCUCACCUCCUUUACUGGCACUGUCUCCUCUGAGGGUGUGAAGCCAGGAGCUGAGGGCAGUGUAGAGUUGGCAAUCGACAGUAUUCAGUUUGGAGCACCAUCAUCUGCAGGCAGCACAGACAGUGAUGGAGUUCCAGCGUUGAUGGAGAUGGGCUCUGAAAACAAACUCCCUGCUCCCAAAGAACAGAGACAGAAACAACCUCGAGCUGGCCCAAUCAAAACACAGAAGCUUCCUGAAAUGGAACCAAUGGAAACCAAGGAAUAUAAGCCAGGUCCCAUAGGUAAAGAGCGUUCACUAAAGAACCGUAAGGCCAAAGACGCACGUGGAGUAGAAGGCGAGGGCAUGGAGGGAGGAGUUCCUGGAGGAGGUGUCAGCAGAGUCACAGAACCCAGUCCUCCCACCAGUGACACUGGCGUUCCAGAGCUGGGAGACAUCGAGGGCAUGAUUACAGUCCCCUCAGCAGAGUUCAUCAGUAGCUCAAAGGAAUCUGUCACUGACUACACCGCCCCCUCCUCCUCACUGGCUGACAGUGUUCCUACAGGAGUCAACAAAAUAGAAGAAAGUUUGGUGACAAAUGUGGCAAUGCCUCAUUCGUUGCCCAUUCCUAGGCGAGAGACCCUGCAGCAGAGCUCCAGCCUCAGCACUGUCUCCCCUGCUACUGUUGACUUAACGCUAAAGAUGGAAUCUGCUCGUAAAGCUUGGGAGAACUCCCCAAGUCUGGAGAAGAAUUCUGCGGUCACCUCCUCUUCAUCCCCCAUCACUUCAUGUGCAUCCUCGUACUCUUCCUUCUCCUCGGCCUCCAUGCCACAGAUCCCUGUGGCUUCUGUUACUCCCAGCACUUCACUGACGGGUUCUGGCACCUACACCACGUCAUCGCUCAGCACCAAGACCACCACAGCUUCUGACCCCCCAAACAUCUGCAAGGUGAAGCCCCAACAGUUGCAGGGUGCUAGUUUGUGCUCCAGCAGUAGCAGCAGCUUCUCUCAGCUGGGCUGCGUGCCUGCCCUCCUGCCCCAGCAGCAGACCCCACAGGUUUACGUCUCCCAGUCUGCAGCAGGUUCUGCAGCUCAGAUUCCAGCAUUCUACAUGGACACUAGUCACCUCUUCAGCACCCCCCACCCUCGCUUGGCUCCUCCCUCCCUGGCACAGCAGCAAGGCUUCCAGCCUGGACUCUCACAGCCAACAGCAGUGCAGCAGAUUCCCAUCCCCAUGUACGCUCCACUGCAGGGUCAGCACCAGCAUCAGCACCAACACCAACAUCAACACCAACACCAACAUGCGCACCAACAUGCGCACCAACACACACACCAGCCCCAGCUAGGACUCGGCGCUGGACCUCCAGUGUCCCAGCCACAAGAUCUGUUCAGCUCCUCGCUGCAGCCUUACAGGUCUCAGCAGGCAUUCAUGCAGAACAGCCUGUCACAGGCCUCCAUGAUGCUGUCAGGACCAUCCCUGCACAGCUACGCCAGCGUGCAAGCACCUGACAUGGGCAAGCCUCAGUCCAGCCUAACCUAUCAGCAGCAGUCAUCCACUCAGCACAUUCCCAUUCUGUUUGAGCCGCAGCUCAACCAGCCCUCUGGCAUGGGAGGCUCCCAGCUCAUUGACACACACCUGCUGCAGGCUCGACAGGGGAUGAAUCAGCAUUCAAACAUGUACUCGGGGCAGGUGCAACAACAUGGCCAGAGUAGCUACUACAGCAACACUCAGUCGCCCAGUUCAGCAAUGCAACAGGUGACGGUCCCUCACCCUGGUUCCCAAAUGUCUAUGUCGAACUUUGGCUCGAGCGGAGGCCAGCCCCUCCUGGCACUGCCCCCCACGCCGCCUCAGGCCCAGCCCCCCAACAUCAACCGACAGCCGCCAGUGUCCCAGGCGUACCGCAGCAUCAUGGGCCCCAGCCACAACAUGAUGCCGCCACCCACCAGCAAGUGUAUGCUCCUGUGUUAUGACGCGCUGCAGAUGGACAUGGAUCUUAAACUCUUUGGCAGUGGGAUGGACGUGAAGCCUGGAACUCCUCCUGGAGCCAGGAGCACAACACCCAACUCCAGUCAUUACAGGGCCAGCUCCACCUCUCCUAGCAGCCAGUCCAGUAAGAUGAACAGCAUAUUGUACCAGAAGCAGUUUCAGCCCAACUCUGCUGGGAUGAGGAUGGCGCAGCAUUUCCCUGGACAGUUCAACCCUCAGAUGCUCUCUCAGCCCAACAUAGUUUCUCCUCUGGUUCGACCUCCUCACGCUAACUCAUUUGCUGGGGGUGUUCAGCGCUCUCCCAUGGGCCCUCCAAUGUCAGCGAAUGUGGGUGGUGGGCUAAUGCCUCAUCCCCGACCCCAGUAUCCACAACACAGCCAGCAUCUUUCCAGAGGACCCCCUGGUCCCUCGAUUAUUCCAAGAGGCGCACAUGGGUCUCUGAAGGCUGAACAGGACCUAAAGGCAAAGCAGCGGGCUGAGGUGCUCCAGUCCACUCAGAAGUUCUUCGCAGAGCAGCAGCAGCUUAAGGCAACGCAAGCCAGCAAAGCUGCUCGACUUGAUCAGGGAGGAAAACCCUCCCUGGACACCUCUGCCCAAAACCAUCAGGCAGGAGGCGAACGCCCCGAUUCUGACAAACCCCCCAUCUCCACGGCCAAGCCCAUAAGGACUGGCCCCAUAAAACCACAGGCCAUCAAACCAGAAGAGGGCAAGUAAAGAGCCCCCGACCGUUUUCGGAUGACUAUACAAAUGGAUGGAAGAGCGGAGGAGAGGGAGAAUCUAGCCCCAUUCACUCAGUCACCACCUCAUAUCUGCCAUGGGGGACAUAUUGGGGGAGGAGGAUGAGUUCGGUAGAGAUCCAAACAGUAGUGGUUACUGAGAGUAGGCACUGUCCUGCGUAUAUAUAAAUAUAUAUAUUCCUAUUCCUCUUCUUUCUCCCCCCGUCUUGUCCCACUGUAGGUUGGGGCAUUUGAGUUGGAUUCUUCCAUCAUGUUUAGAUGCCGACGAAAUGGCCGCACAAGUUGUUCAACAGAAAUCUACUGUGACGGUAGAUAAGAGGAGAGUUGGAGAGAGAAAAUUUGAGAUGAGAUUUGCUGCUGAGUUUGCCAUUUUUAUAGCUCUCGAUUUCUGUACCUAUUUUAUUUUCCCAAAUAGUGUCGUGCAUAUUAUAGGAGAGACCUGUUUCGUUAACGAAAGAAUGAAGCAGAUGUUUUUGUAGUCCAAACAAUCUUCAGUGUAUGUAGUGAAGCACACUUUUUGUUGCCCAAUCACCCAUCGUAACCAAUCCAGAGAUUUGUGCUCAUGCACACGCUCCCUCAACGGUUUCACCCACAGUCACCGCACAGAGACGUGAAAUAAGAAAUUAUGUUGUCAUUUUGUUUUUUGUUUGAUCAGAAUGGUAAUGUGAAAAAUUGCAGCAUUUGAUUGACGUAAAGGAUUGAUUUAUUGAUUAGUCUGCCUGUGAGCCUUUGCUCUCCUGCCUUCUGCUCUCAUCUUCUUGCCUGAGAAUCACUGACGUGUUGGAGUGUGUCGGGUUGUAGUAGAAACAGGAGGGAGCUCGUAUCUGGACCCUCCUGUACAUUUAGCCGAAGGUUGAAGCAGCGCAGAGAUGUUGCAGCCUUUUGGAUUGCUGUUGCCUUGGCAGCAGGGUUUUGAGUGGAUUUACAGGAUUCAUGGAGGAUGUAUGAUCACUACAGGCAGCUGUUCCAGUUUAGGGGCUACUGUCACACAACCUUUCACUGCUUUAACACCCAUCCUCGCUGUCACACACAAACACACACACUUCACUGCAAAGCACCCAGAUCUGCUGCUAUUGACUGAAUUCAGUGUCCUUAGCUAGAAUAAAGCAGGAUAGGGCUAUUUAGAGGUUAUAGAAGUGGCGAAGAGUUGAUUGUUAAACAAUAGAGAACUUUCCAGUGCGAGUGCGUGUGUCAAUCCCCCACAUUAAGGGGGGGACAAGAACAGGACAGAACGGAGAAAACAAUGGAUAGAAAGGACACUUUUUGUUUUUGUUGACUUUACUGAUGAGAGCAAUCAGUGCUGUUUUCUGUCUCUGCCUCACCUCGGCCGGCUGUCCCACCCACAAUGCUCUCAUCUCGGGGUUGUGGUGACGAGGGUCCUUCAGAAACGUACAGCGGUAUGCACCCUGAGGUGGGGGGGGCAGUCCUCCACACAUCUACCCCAGCUGGGGGAAGUGUCAUUGCAUUGGAUGAGGGAGGGAGGGUGGGUUAUGAAUAUUUUUUUUUUUUUUUUUUAUUCUUUUGUUUUUUUUGUUGUACUUGUACAGGGGUUUCAUCGCUGUAUUAAAAGAUGUACGGUCUUAUUUACAUUCUCUUGGUUUGGUUACAGAAACUAAUAAAAAUAAUAUACUGUUGAUCUGUUUCCAGUGAGGCCUGGUUUUUACUUGAAGCUUUUUCCAUAAUUAAGUUGAAGCAGUUGUUGCUUUAUACCGGAGCUAGAAUCAACUUCACUUCUGAACACUAGAUGGCACUGCAACACAUAAACCUCUCCGACUGAAGUAGUCACCACAUUCAGAUGAGGCAAAGGGUUUUUAGCGUCCAAGUAAAAAUAAAUCACAUGAGAUUCAAAUCUAUAACAUUUAUUCUAGGAUUUUAUACGGUUUUAACUUAAGAUUAAAGUAUGUAUUGUGUUUAUCCUCAUUAAAGAAACUAUUUUAGCAUCA